ACUCCUAAAAAACAAAAAUACUCCACCACGCGCCUCGCAUGUUCUGCCGCCGUCCGGUCGUCUCCUCGAUCUCCUUCGCCGGUGCCUCGUCCGAUCUCGCCCAUCAGGACCAAGCUACUGCUGCCGACUCCUAACUGAAUCUCUCGGUCUUUUUGGCUCCACCCCCAUAGGCCAUAGCGAGAUCUCUCACGCAGAGCCGACGAGGAGGAAGAGGAGAUCGAGCUGCGAGGAGAUGGGCCGGGAGGUGGCGGAGAGCUGCCUAGAUGGGGUGGUGAUGGAGAUGGUGUCCGCCUACUGCUCCCGAUUCUAUGCCGCCAAGCCGGAACUUGCCGCCGGCCGCAUCGAGGCCAUCGGCUUCCAGGUCGGCCACCAGCUUUCCGAGAGAUAUACAAUGGAUCGCCCUCGAUUUAGUGAUCAUCUGGAAGCAAUUAAAUUUAUCUGCAAAGACUUUUGGUCAGAGCUAUUCAAGAAACAGAUUGACAAUCUGAAGACUAAUCACAGGGGUACCUUUGUUCUUCAAGACAACCAUUUCCCAUGGCUAACUCGUGUUUCUCUAGACCCAUCUAUGGAGAGCACAGAUGCAACUGAGAGUGACUCUGCAUCAUUAGGUGAUACUGCAGCCCAAACUACAACUAUGCUUUUGUAUUUCCCAUGUGGGAUCAUCAGAGGGGCCUUGACCAACUUGGGAAUUACAUGUGCUGUCUCCGCAGACAUGUCAAACCUUCCAGCAUGUUCUUUUGUUGUGCGCAUCAAAACCUGAACUAUGACCAACAUGCACAAUAUGGAUUACUUGCUUGUGAGUUUGCUACUUGGAUAGAAGUGGCCCAGGUAUAAAUAUGUGAUCCGUGAUUAUGAUCACAAGAGAUGAGGAAGUAUAAUGUUACUUCUGUAGCUAUCUGGUUUCUUAUCAGUUUGGUGAAAAACAUAUCCUGUAUUCUCGUUAGUUGUUGCCUAGUCACUGUAACAGUUCAUAUGAUCACAAGAGAUGAGAGGUAUAAUAUUACGUCUGGAGCUAUCUGGUUUCUUAGCAGUUUGGUGAAAAACAUAUCCUGUAUUUCCAUUAGUUGUUGCCUAGUCACUGUAACAGUUCUUUUAACAAUGCCACUAUGACACCAUGAUUUUUGUGUAGAUCAUUUUAAGCUUAUAAA